CAAUUUUCUCGAUAUUUUCUAUACGAUUGAAAGCUUUAAUUUGUCCCUAAAUACCAUGAAAAUAUUUUGUAGUGAUAUUAUAUAUCUAAUAUAUUAGUCACGAGUUACUAUUCAAAGGAAAAGUUGUUCAAUUGCAAUUUUCUCGUUAGAUGUUGAGAAUACCGUUUCAAUUAAAUCUACAAUCUGUUCACACCUUGUUAACCAUACCAUUAGCCUUGCUUUACAUUCGCUGAUUGUUGAUUUACAUUUGCGACUAAAUAGCAUCUUUUAUGGCUGUUGUCCGAGGGUUUAGGGACACCGUAGCCAAUGCUGUAGCAUUUGAUAUAAAACCUGAAGCUUCCAAAGCUCUCCAGUCACUCCAACUUCGGACUUCUACUGCAUGCUAGAGAACAAGACAUAGAUUCUCCAAGGACCCACAACAAGAACCAUGUACCAUUACUUUAUCUCGGAGAUGUUACCUGUUGCUAUGAUCACUGCCAUUGCCACGUUAGUGAGCAUGGCUACUGCAAGAUCAUCACUCAAUUAUUUGGAAAGCCACUUUUCCAUGGAGAACGAGUCUGAAGAAGUGCGUUCUGCAGCUAUCAAGAGGCUGCUGGAGGUGUUUGGGAUGGAGGAUGCUCCUCUCCUCCGGGGCGACAAGCAGCCGCCUCAGUACAUGGUUGACCUGUACAACGCUGUCGCAGAUGUGGACGGAGUUACCAAGGACCCCUACAUCCUGGAGGGGAAUACAGUACGCAGCUUCUUCGACAAACUGCACAGUGAACAAAUUGAGUUCCUGUUCAACUUGUCCAUGGUGGCCAGUAGUGAGAAGGUUCUAACCGCGGAACUCCAUCUCUUCAAGCUGCGGCCUCAGGUUUCUGCAACAUUCAAUAGAUAUCACUUCUGUCAGGUCAGUGUCUACCAGCUUCUGGAUAGCAGCAAAAUGAACAUUACUCAGGGGAAGAAGCUGCUGUCUUCCAGACUGAUCCCUGUCCCCUCCACUGGCUGGGAAGUGUUCACCAUUACACAAGCGGUGCGUUCCUGGAUGGCUGUUGAGGGCAAUAACCUGGGUCUUCUGGUCACAGUGCAGACCCUGGGAGGAAGCCAGAUGGAUGAGAAGGUGGUGCGUUUCUCUUCAGGCCGUAACCACCAUAAGAGCAAGCAGCCCAUGCUGGUGCUGUUCACUGACGAUGGCCGCCGUGCAGCCGCUCUGGAUAAUACAGUCAAAGAUCCAAAUGAGACCCCAGCUGUCCCUGGCCUGUCCAACCUCCCCAACACCCCAGGCUUCCACCGUAGCGCCCGCUCCCUGGACUAUGACGAGGACGUAGAGAAGAUGACGUGCCAGCGCCUGCCACUCUACGUGGACUUCGAGGAGAUCGGCUGGUCCGGGUGGAUCGUGUCGCCUCGGGGGUACAAUGCCUACCACUGUAAGGGCUCCUGCCCCUUCCCCCUGGGCCAGAACAUGAGACCCACUAACCACGCCACCGUCCAGUCUAUCAUCAACGCUCUGAAGCUGACUAAAGGCAUUGAAACGCCGUGCUGCGCGCCAGACAAGCUCUUCUCCAUCAAUCUGCUGUAUUUUGAUGAUGACGAGAAUGUGGUGCUGAAGCAGUAUGAUGACAUGGUGGCAGGAAGCUGCGGCUGCCAUUGAGCUGGACGGACGGACGGACGGACGGACGGGGGGUGACUGUGCUAAACCAAGAUGGCUGACACGGAGCAGCAGUGUAUCUCAUUCAGGAGGGCACAACGUUGCAAACCUCACAGAUAGAAAUGUUUUGUAUAGAGCUCACACCCUUCUACAUGACAGAGAAUGAUGUUUGUUAGAUGUGAUAUAUUUCUAUCUGAUUGUUCUGUAAUCUUGCGCCCAACUGAAUGCGACUGCUCUGUGUGGAUGGAUGACUGCCCCAGGGCCAGAUGGAUGACUGCCCCAGGGCCAGAUGGAUGACUGCCACAGGGCUGGUGCUGUACAACGCUGACCAAGGUGUAUUGUGUCAAAGCAAAGGAGGACAAAUAUUAAAAUCUAAUUUCAGUCGAGGUGUUGGUAUAAAACCGCCUCUUACACUCAGCGAUGAAGAUGAAGAUGAAGCAAUAUGCAGGCAGAGUCCUACGUGUAACAUAUGUAAAUAGGUAGAAAUUAUAAUAUAUGACAGGGCAUGACUUGAUUUCCUGUGACAGAUGUAAAUGUGUAUAUUAAAUGAUUGAUGAUUGUGAACUAUUAUAACAUUUUAAUAAAUUGUGCGAAAAAAUAAAUAAAUUGUUUGACA